UUUCUCUUUGCCCUUUGUAUCAUAUGCUCCCUGUCCCUCCUUUCCUCUUAUACCUGCAUAUAUACCUGGCCACUUCUCCCUCUCUCUAAUUUGGCAUCCAUUGCAUUAGAAUUUUGAGGACUGGUGGUGAUGGGUCUGCCUCAUACUCCAUCUCCAACUCCUCCUCACCUCUAUCCUCAAGCACUUCAACUUAAACUCUACCAGGCAUUCAUAUUCUCAAUCCCUAUCCUCUUCUCAGUCAUUCUCUUUCUCUUGUUUUACUUGUUUUACCUCAAGAGAAGAGCUUCCACUCCCUCAUACCCUCGCCCACUGAUUCCAACCACUUUUAACCAGGCUACUCCAUAUCUCCCCUCACCAUGUCAACUGAGUUUGAAAAAGGAGCUGACAGACAAGCUGCCAACAGUCUUAUUUGAUGAAGAAUUAAGUACAAGGGAUUCCAAAUGUAGCGUUUGCUUGGGUGAAUUUGAGAUGAAAGAGGAGUUGCUCCAAGUCCCAUCAUGCAGACAUGUGUUUCAUGUUGAAUGCAUGCAUCAUUGGCUGCACUCCAACUCAACCUGCCCUCUCUGUAGAGGUUGUGUGUCUGUUAUUCCCGCCACCAAACUACACACUCCAAUCCCAGACAGCCUCACCGAGCAGCAGCAGCAGCAGCCGCAUCAACAGAAUGUGCCACCUCCACAACUACAGCUGCAUCAAGUAGCCGCUGAUACCUCAACGCAGCACCUAGCUGCUUCAUCUAUUGAAGGAUCAUCAGUUUCAACCCAUAUCCAAGUCCAUAACUCAUGAACCAAAUUAAGCUUCGUGUUAUACAUAAUCUAUAUAUAAUCACAUGAAAUUCUGAUUCGGCAUGCAUAUUGUUUUAACCUGCGAAUUUUUAAAAUCAUCUAA